GCCAUCACUCACCCUCUUCACGCCAUGUCUAACAUCGUUGGUAUUGAACACGACCGCGUCACAAACACGACCACCACGGAUUAUCCGGGGUUCCAUAACGAUUCCAACGACUACUCGUGGGACUUGGAAAAGUUCAAGGAGUCCUUCGACAUCCAGAUCUCGUAUAUCAGCGAGCGCACCGCCAACUUUGACUUGGUCAACAUCGAUACUUCCAUCGCCAAUGCAUUCCGUCGUGUGAUGAUUGCCGAAGUGCCAUCUGUUGCGGCCGAGAACGUGUACAUUUUCAACAACACUUCCGUCAUCCAGGACGAGGUUUUGGCGCACAGAAUCGGGUUGAUUCCGUUGAAGGUUGACCCAGACAUGUUGACGUGGUUGGACCCUACUGCCGAUGAGAAGGAUAAGUUUACAGACGAAAAUACCGUCGUUUUGUCCUUGGAUGUCGCUUGUACCAAGAAUCCACACGCGCCAAAGGGCACUACUGACCCUAAGCAAUUGUAUCGAAACUCCCACAUCUACGCCAGAGACCUCAAGUUCGAGCCGCAAGGCAAGCAGUUGGAGGUGUUCAAGAAUUGCCCCGUGGUGGCUACUGAUCCGGACAUUUUAUUGUGCAAGAUGCGUCCGGGUCAGGAAAUCUCGUUGAGGGUGCACUGCAUCUUGGGGAUUGGUUCCGACCACGCCAAGUUCUCUCCCGUUUCCACUGCCUCCUACAGAUUAAUGCCAACCAUUAACAUCAUCAAGCCAAUCACCGGGACAGACGCUGUCAAAUUCCAAGGCUGUUUCCCAGAGGGCGUUAUUACCAUCAAGAACGACCAGGCCGUGGUUGCGGAUGCCAGAAGAGAUACCGUCUCCAGGGAGUGCUUGAGACAUGAGGAGUUCGAGGGUAAGGUCAAGUUGGGCAGAAACAGAGACCACUUCAUCUUUAACGUUGAGUCCACCGGCGCUAUGUCGCCAGAGGAGAUCUUCUUCAAGUCUGUCAGAGUCUUGAGAAACAAGCUCGAAUACUUGAGAAGCUGUCCGAUCGGCGGAAACUAAAAGCUGGGCUAAUAUAAAGCAUGCUGCCCGCAGCCAGACACAUCAUUGUAUAUUAUAAAAAAACACUCUUUAAGAGGUGAAGGCUGAGGUUGUCGGCAGUACAAAUGUAUAUUCGAACGAUUAAGUAUACGAUUGUUACAAUAAUUGCACAGAACGAU